AUGAACCAGCAGGAGAAGCCUAUUCCCCAGAAGCCUAAGCCUGAGCCUGAGCCUGACUCUGACUCCGAGUCUAGCUCAGAAUCGGAAAGCGAUGGCGGAGACGAUGUUGAGAUCCAUCCCCUGGAGGCUUGGGGGCGCUGCAACUCCAAGUGGAAGGCGAUAGACAAAUCUGGACUGGAAGAAGGGCUUCCAGUGACUUCAGGCAAGCAGUGGCAUGUCAGCAAAGAAGAGGUCGUCAGAUUCUUUAAUAACAUUGCAGAUGAGUAUGGCAAGGCCGGUUGCAGGGCCAUAUUCUUGCAUGAACGCAUGCGCUGGUGCUCUAGGAAUGUCAAGGAUACUUUUGGCAGAAUGUUUUAUCAAGACAUUUGGAAAAGGGACGUGAAGAUGGUUUCUUCAGUUGCCAAGGAGUUCGAGUAG